CCUGCAUGGGGGAUACAUAGGGGAGAUAAAGCCUGCACAUAUCGUCACCAUCUACUUGUGUAGUGCUGCCCAUGAAAAGGCUGAGCUGGACAUAAUGGACACUGCCUGUAUCCAGCAGACCUCUGGGUGAGAUCAUUGAACCCUCAUCUUCCUGAUCAUCACCUAAAUAUCAGCGUCCUUUACUGGCAGUAUUAGCGUAAUAUAUUAUAGAAGGAUCUAUAGACCGCUAGAUCGGAAACCUGAUCUUAAUUAUAACCAUCUACACAAGAGGCUUACAAAAACUCGUGAAAAACUACUGUGAGAACCACACUUGGAACCUAAUGUAACUAGCCAUAUCUAUAGGUAUCCUGGAGUUCACUGACAGGAGAAUUAUUUGAUAUGGCCAGACUUCGUAGGAAAGCAUGUAUUGCUCUAUUCCUUUUCACACUUUUCAUUUUUGGCACCAUGAUGGGCUUGAGGACUUUGAAGCCUUCUGAUGGGUUUUCUGACCUGGCACCUGGACUAGAUCUCAUGCCUUUUGCUGAUCAGUCAGAGAGACGCUCUGUAUCUAAUGAGGUCAUCUCUCGACCUCAGGGUACCAUGGCCGCACCGGACCAGACAAAGGUGUAUUAUGACCUCCAUAUUUUCUACUAUAUGUGGUAUGGAAACCCCAAGUUUGAUGGGAAUUACAUCCAUUGGGAUCAUGUGAUGGUGCCUCAUUGGGAUCCUAAAAUAUCUGCAAGUUACCCAAAAGGCAGACACAGCCCUCCUGAAGACAUUGGCUCUAGUUUCUACCCAGAGUUGGGACCCUACAGUUCUAAAGACCCUGAGGUUUUAGAAGAACAUAUGAAGCAACUCAGAGCAGCUGCUGUAGGAGUGCUUGUGCUGUCUUGGUAUCCCCCUGGUACUGCAGAUGAAAACGGCGAAGCUGUGGAAGAUUUGGUGCCCCUUAUUCUAGAUGCAGCACAUCGAUACAACAUCAAGGUGGCGUUUCAUAUACAGCCAUACAAGGGACGUGAUGAUCAUACACUGCAUGAAAAUAUUAAGUACAUAAUUGACAACUUUGGAUCGCAUGCUGCCUUUUACAGAUACAAAACCAGUACCAGCAAAAGCCUGCCUCUUUUCUACAUUUAUGACUCCUACCUGACUCCAAAAGAGUCUUGGGCAAACCUCUUGACGCUAACCGGCUCUCACUCAAUCCGCAACACUCCUUACGACGGGGUCUUCAUUGGUCUGUUGGUGGAGGAGGAGCACAAGCAUGAUAUUCUUAAAGCUGGAUAUGAUGGGAUUUAUACCUACUUUGCCUCCAAUGGCUUCUCCUAUGGCUCCUCUCAUCAGAACUGGAAGUCAAUAAAGAGCUUCUGUGACACCAACAAUCUCAUGUUCAUACCAAGCGUGGGACCUGGUUACAUAGACACCAGUAUUCGGCCAUGGAACAACCACAACACCAGAAACAGAGUAAAUGGUAAAUAUUAUGAAACAGCACUUCAAGCUGCCCUCACUGUGCGCCCAGAAAUAGUAUCCAUCACUUCAUUCAACGAGUGGCACGAAGGAACUCAAAUCGAGAAGGCUACGCCAAAGAAAACUGCCACUCGUCUCUACUUGGACUACUUGCCAAACCAGUCCGACCUCUACCUGGUUCUUACCAGGAAGUGGGCUGAACAUUUCAACAAGGAGAAAGAGCAGUGGCUUAUGUGAACCUACAAAGCAUCUGCGCACAGACCACAGUUCUUUAAAAAGGAAAACAUUGAUGACACUGAUAGAAAAUGCGUACCACUGCUUGUGCAAAACAGCGAAACUUUUUAUUUUAACAAUUUAUAUUUUCCUGCCUGGGAGUAGUAAAUAUGGAGAUGACCUUUCUCAAGGAAUUCACAGUCUACAUGGAAUGACUUCUGGACGCAAGAGAAAUCAUCUGACAUUUCUAUUAGGUAGUCAAGGGGGUAGAUCCUACACAGAUUGUGAUGAUGCAGACAUACUCAUCAAGCUUCACCCCAAAAAAUCAGGCAGACAUUAUGUUUUGUUUUAAUUAUGUUAAUUUCAGUUUUGUAAUUUUGAUUAAAAGUUUAAAAAAAAAUGUAUUCUUGUAUUAUUCACACAAACCAAAUUAGGUAGAAACAAACUGAGAAAUAACUAUACUGGAUUCAUCC